AUGAUUGUGUACCAACCCGGUUCUUGGGGUGUUGGAUUUGCCUUGCGACUCCACGGAUCUGUAUUUCCUCGCGCAUUUGCGCCUGCUGGAAUAUGUGCGGCCUUUGCAAUGCUGCUGCAUUGGCUGCUGCGCCUUGAUGCUGCAACUCUCGAAGUAAUCGGCACUGGAGCACCAGAACAAAAUGUCUUCGACGGAUUUACCUUCGUGCUUGGAUUUCUGAUAGUAUUUCGGUCUCAGCAAGCAUAUUCCAGAUGGUGGGAGGGAGGCACUUUGCUGCAGCAGUUGCGGGGUGAAUGGUUCAAUUCAUACAGUUGCUUAAUCGCCUUCUGCAACGGUGCGCCCGAAAAGAAGGAGGUUCCCGUCUUCCGCGAGACGGGGGUCGUCGAGGCAGCCUCCGAUCAAAUCCAACCGAGCAUAACACCAUUCGCAGAGGACGACGAGCACACGGUCCUGCACGAAGUGAGUACACCACUCGACCUCGCACAAGAGCAACUCGUCACCAAAAGACAGAUGACUCGAGAUGGUGAGUGGCCGUUCCUAGAAUGGUUCUCGGAUGAGCAAGCUAUGAUUGAGUCCUGA